AUGGAUAUGCCUUCAUUCUUCUCCAAUUACAGCAAUUUCCGUAAGCUACAACGAAUUGUUGGCUACAUUCGUCGGUUUGCUGAUAAUUACCGUAAGCAGAAUCCAGCCGACCGAGAACUCAGAUCCCAUCUGGCCGUCCAUGAGCUUCGCCGUGCAACAGAAACCAUCAUCCACGUCGUACAGCAUGCACACUUUACUGACGAAAUCAAACAAGUCCUCGACAACGAAUCCUGCAAGAUGUUAGGAAAUCUUUGUCCUAUCUACACCAACGGUUUGCUCCGUGUUGGUGGCCGACUUGACCGAUCGCAACUACCAUUUGAAAGUCGCCAUCAAAUUAUGUUACCGGGUAAGGAUCUGGUGAUUCAUCGUUUCAUCCAGCAGAUGCACGUCGAACUUCUUCACGUCGGGCAGACAGGUUUGCUGAAUGCUCUUCGCCAAAGGUACUGGCUCCCGAAAGCUCCCGAUCCAUCAUCCGUUUCAUCACCAGGUCCGACGCUGAUCAAGGCGUACGUAGCCGUCUUCGUCUGCAUGGCAACUAAGGCUGAGCACCUGGAAGUCGUCUCGGAUUUGAGCACCGAUGCUUUCCUGGCAUCUCUAAGAAGAUUAAUUGCUCGCCGUGGAAUGAUUCAUGAAUUGCACUCGGACAACGCCAUCAACUUUCGAGGUGUGAAUCAUGAUUUGAACAGCCUAUACCAACAGUUCCAGAAUCAGCAGGCUGCGAAUUCUUUUGUCGCAGCCGUGAAAUCGAGUGGCACCUCAUCCCGCCAGAUGCACCGGAGUUCGGCGGCCUCUGGAAGGCGUCCGUAA